AUGACAGUUAAAAUGGACGCUAUGUGUGAUAAGUUAACUAUAAUGUUUAAAGAGCAGAGUGAAGAUGUUGUUUCACUUGCUGCUGCUAUUGAUGUUUGCGCAGAAGAAGUGAAUAAGGCAUUAUCUGCUAGUGAUAGUGCAUUGUUUUUGGAGCAUUUGUUAGAUUUGCUCAAGAAGCAUGAAUCCAUUGUUAAAGAUCUAGGCUGGGACCUGCCCAAGGUGUUGAUGAAGUUCAUCCAUGAGGACUUAAUUGUUCAAAGGGAAGAUCUGAACUCUGAUCGGGUACUAGGACUUGUUUCAGACUGUUUCAACGAGAUCACUUCUCAUGGCAAUGCGAAGGAGAGUCUUUUAACAGGGUGUGAGCUGUUGAGUGCAUUGGCAGUGGAACGCGUUAAAUCUAAAGAUGGGCCGUUGAAACGGCCGGCUAAGCCAUUGAAGGAAUCCAGCAAUCAGGGGCCUGCUAAGAUACCAUUAGAAACUUUGUAUGGUGUAGAAGACUUUGGAGAGGUACUGUUUGAUAUAAAGAUGGCAAUUUUGGUUGACUUUCUGUGUGGUUUACUUGGUCAGAUUAAGACCCUGAAUCCGUCAAAGUUUCUGGCAGAGGUGGUUCGCGUGCUUUUGAAGGUUUCAAAGGCUGUUGCAAGUGAUUUAGAAGACUGCAGGGUUUUCCUGUUGAAGAUCCAUGAUUUCUGUCGUGACUAUACACAUCCUGACGUUCAUUUUACGUUACAGGGUGAAGUAACGGAUGAAGAGCAGUCACAGCUCCUAGAGGAGGAAAAGCAGUUCCAGAAAGACUUGCUAGGAAGCCUGUUAACCUACACAGUUGCCAAUUUAGUUAGUGGGAAGAAUCUGAUGUUUUGCAUGGAAUACCUUUUAAAAAUUCACGGUGCUCAGCUAAAACUGCCAGAAAGGCUAAUACAGCUGCGAGGUAUUUUGCAUGAUUACGGGAAGCUUAUGAUUAAGCUUGGUUUUGACUUAAAAGAAGAGUUUAAGAAAACUUGUGUAUUGGAAUCUCGCAACAUCUAUCUCCCGGUGCUGAAACACAACGCUGAGUUAAGUGAUGACUCUAAUCAAGCUGAUGAUUCCAACCAGGUGCUAUACCAGCUAGCCUAUACAUACGAAUUGCAAAAGAUGGGUAAUGCCCAAGCAAUCUCACUUUGUUCUCGUGGAGUUUUGAUACUCUCAGUGGCAUAUCACGAGUAUGAUAACAUGCUUGGACUUCCAAAUAGAAGCCUCAGCAACUCCAUCUACAUGUUUCUGAGGUUUACUUCGCCAGAAAUGUAUUCCGAGCAGUUCAUAAGUGAGGCUGCUAUGGACAGCAGUCUUUACUGGCUAGUUAGUGUCCUAAACGAAAAUACUCAUUCAAAAAAUAGCGAACUACUUCAACGUCUUCCUGAUACACUAGUAGUAAUAUUCAUCCAGGUGUUGCUACUUAAUUCACGUGGUGACUCAGAUAAAUUAUCCAGAGCAAUGCAUCUAGAUAUACUAGCUAACAUACUUAUGAUGCUGCCUGAAGAUGUAGCAUUUGAGUUUAUUAUCGAUACUUUGCUUCAAUGUCCUAUAGAAGAGGCUAAACAAGAGAUCUUGGUCAUUACGAAAGACUUAAUGCUUGCCAGUCGAGCCAAGGGACAGAAAGUUGGAAAACGAGUAUCUGAACUGUUCAAGAAGCAGAAUCUAACAUCAAAGAAAUCUGGAAGCCCAAAAUCAGAUUUGGGCCCGCCUCUUCCACCCAGGCCCCACUUCUCUAUAGACGUGGAUAAAGUGGCCGCGAUUCAUUCUUUGACUAUGAUGUGCAUUGACAGUAAUAAAGUAGAUAGAACCCCAGUCAAGUUAAGAACGCUUUUGAUGUAUUUGAACUUGCUGGUAGCAUUAAGAAAGAAAUGGGAUAAACAACUGUUACAUGAAAUUGCUAACUAUAUUAAGCUUUCCUACGAUGAAAUAAAAACUCCCGUUGAGAUUGGCUUCAUUCACAUCGCAAACGAUAGAAUACUAGAGUAUUUACAUGAAUAG